AUGGACACCAGUGACGAGUGGAUCAAACGCCGCACCGGCAUUGCCCAGCGUCACUUCGCCGGUGAAGGUGUGGGCUGCAGCGACCUCGCGAUCGAAGCAUCUAAGCGCGCCAUCGAAUCGGCUUCGCUCCAGACUUCGGACAUCGACUACAUCCUCUUUGCGACGAUGACCCCGGACUACUUGUUCCCCGGCAGCGGCGCGCUUCUCGGCGCUAAGCUCGGGAUCAACGGCGUUCCGGCGCUCGACAUUCGCCAGCAGUGCUGCGCGAUGCCCUUCGCGCUUCAGGUUGCGGACGGUCUCAUCGCGGCGCGCGCGGCGAAGAACAUUCUCAUCGUUGGCGCCGAGGCCCAUGCCGGUUUCAUGCCCUGGCACGACUGGUCGGCGCUCGAAGCUGAAGCGACCGACUCCACGCAAGACAGCGAUAACUACCGCCGCGCGACCCGCCACCGCGCGCUCGCGGUGCUGUUCGGAGAUGGUGCGGGUGCCCUCGUGGUGCGACACGCCAACGAUCCCACGCGUGGACUGAUCGACGUCGAGGUCCACACGGACGGCGACGAUGCCGAACACAUCUACAUCGAAGGUGGUGGCUUCCGUCGUCGACCGUACUGGACGCCGGAGAUGUUCGAGGACGAACAACACAUUCCGAGUAUGGAAGGCCGUGAUCUCUUUAAGACGGCGGUCACCAAACUACCUCAGGUUGUACGGUCCAUAUGCGCGCGAAAUGACGUCCCGCUGGACGACGUCGAUUGGUUCCUCGCACACCAGGCGAAUGACCGAAUCAAUCGCGCCGUCGUCAACGCACUCGGUGUUGAUCCGGAACGCGUUCCCUCGAAUAUCGCACGCUUUGGCAACACUUCGGCGCCACGAUUCCGAUCCUCGUGGACGAAAUGCGCCGUGACGGUCGACUCAAGAAGGACAGCUCGUCUGUUUUCUCGCUUUGGGCAGCGGACUCCACUGGGGCUCCGCGCUCCUUCGAGUGUAAUCGCUUCAGUAGAUGAUUCGAAACGUGCCGGUGGCGACGACCAAGUUCUUGUCGUCGCUACUGUGCCACGCCUCGGGUGA